AUGGGCGUUUCGGGUGCAGCCAUGGAUCGGGAAAGGCUGGAGAAGAUGGCCAGCGCCGUGCGCAUGGGCGGAAAGGGGACGAUGAGGAGAAAAUACAAGAAGCCGCACAAGACGACGUCCACGGACGACAAGAGGCUGCAGAACACGCUGAAGCGCCUGGGGGUGAACACCAUACCCGGCAUCGAGGAGGUGAACCUCUUCUUCGAGAACAACGUCGUCCAUUUCACCAACCCCAAGGUUCAAGCCUCCAUUGCGGCCAACACGUAUGUCGUCAGCGGCCCGUCUCAGAACAAGAAGCUGGCGGAUUUGUUGCCUGGGAUCAUCAACCAGAUGGGGCCUGACAGCUUGGCCAACCUGAAACGGAUGGCUGCACAGAUGCAGAUGCAGGCAGCACACAAUGUGGAGGAGGAUGAUGAUGAUGUGCCGGACUUGGUGGAAAAUUUCGAGGAUGCGUCGAAAUGA